CACAUUUAUCCGAUGGGUAAUAACCUAUAUCUGUUGAUUUUAAAAACAGGGUGUUAAUAGAUAUCAAGUCAAAUGACGGGCGGUGGUUUCAAACUGCAAUAUUUUCAAACUAUUAGCAGUAACUGUUAUUUUCAAAAUAUUGCACCUUCUGCCUACUUGAUAGAUCAUUAAAUACCAUUUUUGAAAACAACUGAUAAAGGUUACCCAGUGGAUAAAGGUGAACUAGCGUUACCUUCUUAAAUAUUUCUUUUUAAUCACUUUCAAGCAUGCAUGCAUACACAAUCAUUUUAAGUUGAAAUUAAAGUCCAAUCUUCCAAUUUAAAAGAUAUGAUAACUAUACAAAGAAGAACUUAAUUGCACGACAAUUGUAUGUGGUACAAUGUACCUUGCCAUUCAUCCUUAUCUUUUUGACUGUCACAAUGUUCCUAAUUGGCUAUGCAAGGUUGGUUACAAAACAAAUGCCCCAGCAGUAUCCUACUUUCACUGAAUGUAAUCAGAAAGCUAGUCUUCAAAUGGCGUUUUACUUUUUAGAACUCUUUAAGAUUAAUUUUCUUUUAAAAGUUGUAAAUUGUGUACAUAUGUAAUGGUUGUAUCUUGGAAUUGUUUCAGUCUGUCGGUUCAUGGUCCUGAAUGUGCUUUCCUUCCAUCUCUCCUCUAUCAUUAUCCUUCCUUCUCAUGUGCUUUUCUCUUGCUCGCAGCUUGUUCCAAUUUAUCGGCUGCACACGUUUUUGGCGGUAACUCCUCCUCUCUUUUCUGUUUUCUUCACAGCCUUCUUACAUAAAUUAUGUAAAUCAUCACCCUCUUUUCUAUUUUUCAAAGCUUCUAGUUCUGCUCAAUUGACAUGGAGUCCUUAAGGGCUUUUUUGCAGUUUUUCAUUUCCCUCGUGGCUAAUCUCUUCCAAUCCUCCUGCAUAUAUUUCCAGAUUGAAAGAUUUCCAGAUUUCAAAGAAGAGGUGUCUGGUAUAGCCAAUGUUUUUAUGUAAUCAGGUUAUCAAAUUUGGUUGUAGGGAUAAAAGGAAUCAUUGCACUCAGACAAAUCUUCCCCCCAGCGGUAACACUGCAGUGAUACUGACGGUGAGGUCUAGAGCGGCUGUGUGGCACACACCUAUCCCUCCACUACAGGAGACAGUGCACGAGAAAAGCAGACCAGCAUAUACAUGUAGGUCCCAGGUGACAACCAGAUUUCUGUCCUGGCAUAAUGACUGUAAGUGACUUCUUGUUACUCGUUGCCUUUGCAUCUUGGAUCUUAGCAUGUAGUAGUCUACCAACUCAAUGUGUAGUCGAAAAGAGACAUCUUACGUUUGCUGAGCGUACACGUACAUCAGUCUACUGUAACAGACUGGGACUUGUGACAUGGCCUGGGGAGAUACCAUCCAGCACUUAUCGACUCGAUCUUGCUCACAAUAACAUCAAGAACGUCUCGUCCUUUCCGCCACUACCAUAUCUGUACUUGUUAGACCUGAGCUAUAAUUCCAUCGAAACUGUGUCCUGGAUGUCUCUGCGGACUUUGCCAGCUUUGCAAAUUCUCUCUCUACAAGGAAACCGACUGCAGUACGUCCAACUCAACACCGUCAUUGCAUAUCUGCCAAAGCUGAGUAACAUAAAUCUGAGUCUAAACAAGCUUGCAUCAUUCUCUCAAUACGUGCUAGGAUGGCCACAGGUGACCAGCAUAAUAAUCAACGACAACCCGUUUCGCUGUGACUGUGAGCUUUCCUGGCUGAUCGACAAAGUCACAUGUUUAGAAGCAUGUAAAUGGAGCAAUCGACAGACCUGCUGUUUGUCAUGUUCUGCUUGUUUUCUUGUUCUGAACGGAGGUUUUGACUGCAAGAGUCCGAGUCAACUGUAUCAGCGACAUUUGUUCACUGUGCCCACCCAGCUAUUGGGCUGUGGACCGACCCAGACAGCCAAGACCGAACUUCCAACCAUAGAAAAUGGCACUUUCCUCAUCAACCAUUCAACACAAGCCGAAUUGUGGAAGAAAGUGAACGCAACAGAGUCCUAUCAGAACAAAAGUUCAGCAAAGAUCCCAACAAGUGCUAAUGACCAGACCAGUGCAUACAACGUUACAUAUCCCACGGAAUCAACAGAGACAAAGAGCCCAAAAAGGGAAAAACAUACAAUUCUUUAUAUCAUUAUUUUCGGGAUUGAAAUUUGUGCAGUUUUAGCUUGCAUUGCCUGCCUUGUACGACUCAUGAAAAAGACAAAUCUGUGCUGCAAUCGGCAGGAUCUUAAUGUCAACAACAUCCCCUUGCGUUAACUUGUUCAGCCCACAGAAAACAGCACGGACCUGUCCCAGGAGGUUCUAACCAUGGACAACAAGUUGAGCAUGAGAUCAGAACACGCGUACAUUGCCAAUAGUAAGAUGAUAAGAUUCAAAACAGAAUUCAAAGUAGUCUUGCAAAUUUUCUUGCAGACUCCAGUUCUUCACACUCUGAUAAUUAUAACAGAUUAAGGCUUUGAACAGUUAAUGUAAGAAUGUGUAUUGUGUUUGUUUCAUUUAUGACUUGUGCUUAAGCUUUUACAAUGUAUAUGUGUUCAUCAUACAUUAAUAUGGUGUUUGCUGAAUGUCUGUGCAACACUAUGGUGUUAUCCGAAAUGGAAGUAUUUAAAAAUGCAACCAUGAGCGCACAUAGUUGGGGGUGGACAAGUUUUCUAAAACUCACUUGUCCUAUUGCGCAACUACAUACAAUGUAAUAUCAACAAACCUACUUGUCCGAGCCAACUUUUCAUUUGCCCAAAAUCUACAUAACAUUUUUCAUGUACUUUUACCUCAAGCAAUGGAAGUCUUUUACUCUUGGCUCUCUUUUUCUGUGUUGAUCAUUCUUGAUGACAUGACUGUGAAAAGUUAUACAACAAGCGCCGUUCGACUCUUUGGGUAGGAUAAUUGUAUAAGUAGUACGUCAAAAUCUUACUCAUGCAAAAAUCUUACUUGCCUGAUCAGACAAGUGGGGUAGGACAUACACUUGCCCAAUCAGCACAUUCACUUGCCCGGGA